CUCUCAUCUGUCAAAAGACCCCAUCGCCAUAAUUAAGACUUAACUUACAUGCAGCCCUCCACCGACACAGAAGACUAGACUUUCUUUACGGGGUUUUCACAUGGAAUCAGAAUCAUAUGACUUUUCCUCUGCGAUUUCGGUCGAUGGAAGGCAUACGAGUUUUCAACAACAGAAUAAAAGAGAGACAUUGCUAAUAAUGUUUGCUGUGGAAGAAUAAGUGAUUGCUUUGUCUGAUAACUGCGGCCAGAUCUUCAUGUCGAAUUUAUCAAAGGUAAUUCUAAUUGAGUGGAUCAUAUUUAUAUCAUGUUUUAUCUAUAUUAUCGAGCUCCAAGCAAAUGAAUGUCUGGACGAGUGUGGAGAGAUGGGCAUUCCAUACCCCUUUUCAAUUGCAGGAAAAGGAAAGAGUUGUGGCCUGCCAGGCUUUGAAAUCAACUGCAAACACAAUCAAAGCUUUGGAAGUAUACAUCCUAUUCCUUUUCUGUCCAUUCCUUCUGGUGAAGUACAAAUCUUGAAUAUCUCUCACCAUCAUCUCCUCAUUAACGCAACCCAAUUCGUCGCUUCCACUUCCAAUUGUCUAGGCCAUCGUGAUGAGACAGGGUUUAACAUUUCGAGCGAAGGACCUUUCAGGCUUUCUACACAGAACAGGUUUGUUGUAAUUGGAUGCGAAGCGAUGGGCAUGUUUGCCAUCGGUGAGAACAACAAUCUUUCAAGUGGAUGCAUAUCUCUCUGUGCUGUUGCCACUUAUUCUAACUGCAACGGGGAUGGCUGUUGCCAAACUUCCGUGCCUGCAAAUUAUACAGAUUAUCAAAUCGCUGUAACAAGUGUCUCAUUAUUGGAAAAUGACACUGACAGCAACAAAUCAUGUAAUUAUGCCGGUAUACUUGAUGAAAAUAGCUGGGAUUUGAUUUCACAUACCCUUAGCUUCACAUAUGCUUCCAUAAGUUUGAAUUGGAGUAUUCCAAAUGAUACAUGUGUCUCAGCUAAAACAAAGGGUUCAUACCAUUGUGUUCCGGAUGCAGAGUGCAUUGAUGUAGGAUGGGGUUAUCAAUGCAAUUGUAAGCAUGGUUUCCGCGGAGAUGGGUACUCCAAUGGCACUGGCUGCAAAGAUAUCAAUGAAUGUUUAGAUCCUAGUUUGAAUGACUGUUACUCUCCGUCAGAGGGAGGGAGAUGUAAAAACACGAAGGGCUCAUACAAGUGCUUCUGCGCGAAAGGCCACGUAGAUGGCACGAAGAACGGCACCCGUUGUUCUACGAGAAAAUUUGAGAUUAUACCCGUUGCCAUAGGAGUUUGUGUGACACUAGUGACAGUGCUUAUCGGUGGCUGUUUUGCACUGUUGAUUUUGAAGCACAGACAGGCGAGGUUUGUCAAGCAGAGCAAUUUUCGGCGAAACGGGGGAACUCAUCUGCAGAAAUUGACUUCAUCGGAGGCAGAUGGGGUCAGAAUAUUUUCCUUGGAUGAGGUUGAGAAAGCAACGCAAAGUUUUUCUCCCAAUUUAAUCUUGGGAUCCGGUGGCUAUGGCACGGUUUACAAAGGCAUUCUUUCCGAUGGGAUUCUUGUGGCUAUCAAGAAGGCUAAUUCUAAACAAGUUGAUUCCAAAGAAAUUGAUGAUUUCAUCAAUGAAAUUGUUAUCCUGAAUCAGAUAAGACACAGAAACGUGGUGAAGUUGUUGGGCUGCUGUCUAGAGUCUCCGGUGCCCUUGUUAGUUUAUGAAUAUAUUUCCAAUGGCACUCUGUCUGAUCAUUUAUAUGGUGACAAAUAUGAGCAGCAUCUUCAUUGGGAAAAACGUCUGCGCAUCGCUACAGAAACUGCCGAAGCACUGUCAUACUUGCACAGUUCUGCUUCAAUACCCAUAGUGCAUAGAGAUGUGAAAUCUUCCAACAUUCUUCUAGACAAUAUGUAUACUCCCAAAGUUGCAGACUUUGGAUUGUCUCGCCUGCUUCCAAUGAACCAAACACAUAUCAGCACAGUUGUGCAGGGCACGAUGGGUUAUUUGGACCCUGAAUACUUUCAGACAAUUCAGCUUACAGAAAAGAGUGAUGUCUACAGUUUUGGGGUUGUGCUGGUCGAGCUUUUGACUGGGUUAAAGCCUCUUUCCUUUGAAAGAGCAAAGAACCAAAGCAACUUGGCCAUUUAUUUCCUCAAUACAAUGAAGACAACAGAUCUCACUGAAAUUUUAGAUUCUCGGCUCACUGUAGAAGAGGCAGAGAAUAGAGCAUCUAUGGAAAAAGUGGCGAAUUUAGCAAAAGAUUGUCUGAGCGUGGAGGGGGAAAAGAGGCCGACAAUGAAGGAGGUGGUUCAGGAACUCCUGUGGAUGAGAGGUGGGCCAAGGCCGCACGCGUGGUUGAAUUCUGAUGCAGCGCAAAAGGAAGAAUUUGUUUCUCUUUUAAUGGAUGCGGAAGCGAAUCAGGAGCAGACAGUUGAAAUGACGGACCUACACCCACAUAGUGAACCUUUAUCAUUUGAUCUUCAAAGCUUCCGAGAAAACCUUAAUGGUGGCAGAUAGAGGACGGACGCUAUCAUGUUAAAAGUAUUUAUCUUUUCUUUGUUAGUUUGAACAUCUUUGGUGUUCCGUGUAUUGUUGUUUAAGAUUGUUUUUUUCUGAUCCCCUUUUUCUUCGAGGGUGUAGAUGAGGUCGCAGUCAAUCUUCUACAGGCUCUUAGUCCUAUUUGAUUGUAGUCAAUCUUGUACAGGCUUUUAGUCUCAUUAUCGUGGUCUGUAUUUUAGACAUGACAGAGCUGUCUGUUCUGUGAUUAUUAGCUUCCAAGUACCAGAGAUAAUGUUGUCCCCAGAUAAUGGUCUGUCCUUUUGACUAUCCUCUACUUCCUCUUGUAUGCUUGGUGCUUGGUGCUAUUAGAUGGUUUAAUUCCAUGCUUGAAUCUACCCAUGGGUAUAAUAAAUUGCAUUC